AUGUCUGCUCUGGACAAGGCCCAUGCGACAGCGACUCGGCAUUCAGAGCAGUUCACAUAUGACAAGCUUACCCCCUCUCUCCAUCUCCUCUCCAACGCCUUCGAAUUAGGAUACGCGGAUCCCCCCGCUGACCCUGAACCGGCAGGGAACCUAGCUGACCUGAUCUUGACCACGGGACGCAUCUACACUUCGAUAAUCAUUCAUCAGCGCCUUCGUCGCCAGCAGCGACGCUUCUGCCGGCAGUCCGGUUUCGCAUCGUAUCGCCCCCCUCAGUAUUGUACGGAGUCGACGGACAACCCUCGACCAACCCGUCCCAGCGACGUCGUAUAA